UGGAGCGCGCAGGAGGUGAGGGUAUAUGUGGGGGUAUAUCUGAACCGUGGGGAGCUCUGGUCACGUGAUCUGUCCGAAGCGGUUCAGAGGCCGAGAAUCCUGGCAAUGGAAUAUUGUGGGACACUUGACUAAAAUCUCAGCAGCUUUACCAGAGGCGUGGUUUUUGUCCCAUAUAAGAAAGCACGAGUAGAAGAACAGCAACCAGCUACGCCAGCAAACACUGUCCUCUGCUUGGGUAAACUUCACCUGCUGUAAAGAUGGCUCACCUCCCAGCACUUUUUAAAUAUGUGGACGAGAAUCAAGAUCUUUAUGUUAAGCGUCUUGCUGAUUGGGUUGCAGUCCAGAGUGUGUCAGCCUGGCCAGAGAAGCGUGGUGAAAUCAAGAAAAUGAUGGAAAUGGCUGCAAAGGACAUUGAGAAAUUAGGGGGUACUGUGGAGCUGGUGGACAUUGGCAAGCAGAAGCUACACUCUGGAGAAGAAAUCCCCCUGCCCCCCAUCAUCCUGGGACAGUUGGGAUCUGACCCAAACAAGAAGACAGUGUGCAUCUACGGUCACCUGGAUGUCCAACCAGCUGCUCUAGAGGAUGGCUGGGACACAGAGCCUUUUACUUUGGUGGAGAAAGAUGGAAAACUUUAUGGAAGAGGAUCCACUGAUGACAAAGGUCCUGUUUUGGCCUGGUUUAACUGCAUUGAGGCUUACCAGAAGACCAAACAAGAGAUUCCCAUCAACAUCAAAUUCUGUUUUGAGGGAAUGGAAGAGUCUGGCUCAGAGGGUCUGGAUGAUCUUGUGUUUUCACGGAAAGACACUUUCCUUAAAGACGUCGACUACGUGUGCAUCUCUGACAACUACUGGCUGGGCAAGACCAAACCCUGCAUCACCUAUGGUCUCAGAGGCAUCUGCUAUUUCUUCAUUGAGGUGGAGUGCUGUGAGAAGGACCUGCAUUCUGGUGUGUUUGGAGGUUCUGUUCACGAGGCCAUGUCAGACCUAAUCGCACUGAUGGGCUCCCUUGUUGACAAGAAAGGCAAGAUCUUGGUUCCUGGUAUAUAUGACGAUGUGGCCCCUUUGACAGACGAGGAGAAAAAGCUCUAUGAGAAAAUAGAUUUUGACCUGGACGAAUACUGCAAAGAUGUUGGAGUCUGUCACUUGUUGCAUGACACAAAAGAGCAAAUCCUGAUGCAUCGCUGGAGGUACCCAUCCCUGUCUCUCCACGGGAUAGAGGGAGCCUUUGCUGAAACUGGAGCAAAGACUGUCAUCCCACGAAAGGUUAUCGGGAAAUUCUCCAUCCGCCUCGUCCCAGACAUGGACCCCAAAGUUGUUGAGAAACAGGUGGUCGGACACCUGGAGAAGCAGUUUGCAGAGCGGGGAACUCCCAAUAAGCUGAAGGUCUACAUGGGCCAUGGAGCCAAAGCCUGGGUAUCUGACUUCAACCACCCACACUACAUGGCCGGACGUAAGGCCAUGAAAACAGUAUUUGGAGUGGAACCUGACCUGACUCGUGAAGGAGGAAGUAUCCCAGUCACACUGACAUUUCAGGAGGCGACUGGCCGCAAUGUGAUGCUGCUUCCAGUCGGGUCCUCAGAUGACGGUGCUCACUCCCAAAAUGAGAAACUAAACAGAUCUAACUAUAUCCAAGGGAUCAAGAUGCUGGGGGCCUACUUCCAUGAAGUUUCUCUACUGGAAUAAAGUGUUUCAUUGCAAAUAUUUCAUCCUCUGCAUCACUGACAGAAGUAAUAUCUACAACAAACUAUCUUCCAUAGUAUCUGGUUUUGUAAAUGCUGCUCAACUAUGAGAAUAAAAGUAUUUUUACUUA